AUGAAACAGGCGGAGGGGUCUAAAGAGAAUGAGCCUGGGAAGGAGGAUGAGUCCGGAGAAGAAGAUGAUCCUGGAGAGGAAGAUGAUCCUGGAGAGGAAGAUGAGUCCGGAGACGAAGAUAAGUCUAGAGAGGAGGACGAGUCUGGAGAGGAGGAUGGUUUCGUAACCGAGCAUGAGUAUGAAGGCGAGGUAUAA